AAUAAAUCAUAAGACUAUGACAACAAACAUUAAUAAAGUUAUCGAGACAAUAGAAAAAAAAAUCUUUCCUUUUUCAGCUAUUAUUGGCCAAGAAGAGAUGAAACUUGCACUAAUAUUAAAUGUAAUAGACCCCAAAAUUGGAGGUGUUAUGAUUAUGGGAGAUAGAGGCACUGGUAAAUCAACAACAAUUAGAGCCUUAGCUGAUUUAUUGCCCAAAAUAGCUAUUAUAAAUGGUGAUAUUUAUAACAGGUCACCAGAAGAAUUAUAUACGGAAGAAAAUGUUAUACAAAACAACAUAAGUAUAAGUUAUAUUAAGGUUCCUAUGAUUGAAUUACCAUUAGGUGCCACUGAAGAUAGAGUAUGUGGAACUUUAGACAUAGAAAAAGCCUUAUUUGAAGGCAUUAAAUCUUUCGAGCCUGGUUUAUUAGCUAAAGCAAAUAGAGGCAUUUUAUAUGUUGAUGAAGUAAAUUUAUUAGAUGAUCAUUUAGUAGAUAUACUUCUAGAUGCUGCAGCUUCAGGUUGGAACAUAGUUGAGAGAGAAGGAAUUUCAAUUAAACAUCCAUCUAAUUUUGUAUUAGUAGGUUCUGGUAAUCCAGAAGAAGGUGAAUUAAGACCUCAAUUACUAGAUAGAUUUGGAUUACAUGCAGAAAUAAGAACAGUAAAAGAUCCAGUUUUAAGAGUAAAAAUUGUUGAAGAAAGAUCUCUAUUUGAAAAAGAUUACAAAAAAUAUAUUCAAUCUUAUGAAGAAGCACAAGAAAAGAUAAGACAAAAAAUUAUAAAAGCACAAAAUAACUUAUUUAACAUAACAAUAGAUAAAAAUCUACAAUUAAAAAUUUCUGAAUUAUGUAGUUUGUUGGAUAUUGAUGGCCUAAGAGGGGAUAUAGUUAUAAAUCGUUCAGCUAAAGCACUAGCUGCUUACGAAGAAAGAGAUCAAGUUCUAAUAAAAGAUAUACAAAAAGUAUCUACUUUAGCUUUAAGACAUAGAUUAAAAAAAGAUCCAUUAGAUUCUAUAGACUCAGGUAAAAGAAUAGAAGAAACAUUUGAAAAAGUAUUUAAAGACUUAGAAGGUCUCUGUCCUAAUCCAUUAGACGAUAAGCCCAAAUUUGAAAUUAGGUGGUACUGGAUUUGAACCAGUGACUUUCUGCUUGUAAGGCAGAAGCUCUACCUCUGAGCUAACCACCCUUUAAAGGUAAAAUAUUAUGUUUUUACCAUUAUAAAUUAUAAUGAAUAUAUAUGUUAAUAUGAAUUUAAAUAGUCUAAAAAAACAACAUAAAAAUAUAAAUGAAGUAAAAGAUACUUUUAUAAGUAAUAUUUCACAUGAAUUAAAAACACCAUUAUUUAAUAUUAAAUCAUUUAUCGAAACUUUAUAUGAAUUUUAUGAUACAUUGGAUUAUCAUGAACAUUUAGAGUUUCUAAAAAUUAUUAUAAAGGAAACUAAUCGUCUAAAUAGAUUAAUUAAUGAUUUAUUGGACUUAUCUUCAUUAGAAACAAAAAAAAUAUAUAUAUUUUCAUUUAUUAACAUUAAUGAAAUAUUAUAUGAAAUUGUUAAUCUUAAUUACAUAAUUAUAAGAAAAAAAAAAAUUACAUUUUUCCUUGAGAAAUUCACUAAUUUGCCUUUAGUAUAUACAAAUUAUGAUUUAUUUUUCCAAAUAUUAAUUAAUUUAGUUAGUAAUAGUCUAAAAUUUACUUUUAACAAGGGAAAUGUUGGAAUACGAAUUUACCUUAUUGAGAUAGAUACAAGUAUAACAGGCGAGAUUUGGAAAGAAAAAAAUAUUUAUAAUAAACAAAUAAGAAUUGAA